CCCUUUAAAUAAUCUCCCUUUAAAUAGUCUGGAAGCAUGCUGGUGAGUUCUGUUUCAGGAGCCAUGAGCACACAGCCACGGCUGUGGGCGGUAUAAAUAGCCACAGCCAUGCUGGGAAGAAGUGAACAGCACAGCUAUUUGUUCUAGGAAGGUCUUCCUGCUUCCUUCAUGUUGCUGCCUGGAUAGCUGGGAACCAGUUCUGGAAACAUUUUGUACAGCAGCGGUGAGGUGACAGUCGGUGACAGUGAGGAGGGAGCAGCUGCUCCUGGGAGAUGGACUUCCCUCUGCAGUGGCUUUGGAUCUGAGUGGCAGUGGGGCUGUGGGGCUGGAGGCUGUACAGAUCGCUUUAGCUAUAACAGUGCCUUUCAGACCCUGCUGAGCAACGCUGUGGGCUCAGAUCUCACUGGUAUUUAUAGCAUCUGCAAGGCGAAAGCAAGGAAACACUCCCUGUCUGGCUGGGGAUCUGGAGAGAAUGUGAUGGUGCUGUCUGAGGAGGAUGAACUCAGCCUGUCUGUGCAGUCCUACCUCAGGAAUCAGCACUGCGAAACAAAACAAUUUAACCAAAUUGGGGACCUAGUCUGUGUUAGUUAUGCUGGCUAAUACCAGCUUUCCUCUUAACCAUGGAAGAGUGCAAACUAUUCUCCAGGUAGGAAUAUGCACUCUGCAGCUGCCUCCAUAGCUGGUCCUGAAUUAUCAAAAACACCCGGAUCUGAUCCAUGUCCAGUAGCUACUAUAGCACUUUCCAAGACUUGGAUAAAUAGGAGAAUCCUCAAUGAAGAGUGCAGCAAGUCUUGCCUCAGCUGAGCACAAUGGCUUCGUUCCCCGUCUUGGAGCAAGAGACGUUGUUCCGGAACGGGACCUGGAGCUAUCGCAUUCCAGCCCUGCUCUACCUGCCCCGGUUCAGCAUGAUCCUGGCGUUUGCUGAGGAGCGGGAAGAUGUGGUGGAUGAACAUGCCAAGCUCAUAGUGAUGCGCAGGGGCCUGUACAACCCCAGCUCGCACCACGUCCAGUGGAAUAACAUGGAGACCAUUGUCACUGCACAGCUGAAAGACCACCGAUCUAUGAACCCCUGCCCGGUUUAUGAUGAGGUCUCAGGGAAACUGAUCCUGUUCUUCAUAGCUGUCCCAGGAAAGAUCUCUGAGCAGCAUCAGCUCAGGACAAAGAUUAACCUGGUACGCCUCUGCUACGUCACCAGCAUGGACCAAGGGCGCACCUGGAGCACUGCCCAGGAUGUCACCGACAGCACCAUCAGGACCGAGUACAAGAACUGGGCCACGUUUGCGGUGGGGCCGGGGCACGGCUUACAAUUGCUCAAUGAGGCCCGGAGCCUGGUGAUUCCUGCCUAUGCCUACCGUAUCUUGGACCCGAAGCAGCACCCCACCCCUCAUGCCUUCUGCUUCAUCAGCUCUGACCACGGCACGACGUGGGAGCUGGGCAACUUCGUGGGCGAGGAGAGCGCGGUGGAGUGCCAGGUAGCGGAGGUGCACUCCUGUGGCAGGAGGGUCCUGUACUGCAACGCGAGGAGCACCAGGGGAGCCAGAGUCCAGGCCGUCAGCUACAACCACGGGCUGGACUUCGAGGGAGGCCAGCGGGUUGAAAUGUUGGUAGAACCUCCCUUUGGAUGCCAUGGAAGUGUUACUGCCUUUCCACCUCCCCCAGAUGCCAGGUGCCAAGAUAGUUGGUUACUCUAUGCUCACCCUACAGACCCAAAGGGUCGAAAAGAUUUAGGAAUUUACCUCAACAAAAGCCCUUUAAAUCCAGCACACUGGACAAAACCUAGCAUCCUCUUCAAGGGCCUGUGUGCUUAUUCGGAUCUGCAGUACAUGGGUGUUGGACCCGAUGGCUCACCCUUGUUCUCCUGCCUCUUUGAAUACGGGACCCGCUGGCAGUGUGAAGAGAUGAUCUUUGUCAUGUUCACCUUGAAGCAAGCCUUUCCCUCUGAGCUCUGAGUCUCAAGCCUUUCCAUCAGCAUCCCUCCAAACACCACCUUUGCUGAUCCUUUUCACUGUCACUUCUCAUCUUUGAGCAGAAGGUUUUUGUACUCCUGCUGCACACUUAGUUUAUCGUUGGCUUGCAGCAUCUGUAGAUUAUGAAGCCUAUUAAAUUACUAAAACUUAA